CCCGCCCGCGCCGCGGGGGAAAAUGACAUCGCGGAGAUGGUUUCAUCCAAAUAUUACUGGGGUGGAGGCAGAAAACCUACUGUUAACAAGAGGAGUUGAUGGCAGUUUUCUGGCACGUCCCAGCAAAAGUAACCCAGGAGACUUUACGCUCUCUGUUAGACGAACUGGAGCUGUCACCCACAUCAAGAUCCAGAACACAGGGGACUACUAUGAUCUCUAUGGAGGAGAGAAGUUUGCUACGUUGGCUGAGUUAGUCCAGUAUUAUAUGGAACAUCAUGGGCAGCUCAAAGAAAAGAAUGGAGAUGUUAUAGAGUUGAAAUAUCCACUGAACUGUGCUGAUCCUACAUCUGAAAGGUGGUUCCAUGGGCAUCUCUCUGGAAGAGAAGCUGAAAAGCUAUUAACUGAGAAAGGAAAACAUGGAAGCUUUCUCGUGCGCGAGAGCCAAAGCCACCCUGGGGACUUUGUUCUUUCUGUCCGGACGGGAGAUGAUAAAGGAGAGAGCAAUGAUGGGAAAUCUAAAGUGACGCAUGUCAUGAUUCACUGCCAGGAGCUAAAAUAUGAUGUCGGUGGAGGAGAGAAAUUUGACUCUCUGACAGAUCUGGUGGAACAUUAUAAGAAAAAUCCCAUGGUGGAAACUUUGGGCACAGUAUUGCAACUCAAACAGCCUUUGAACACCACCCGUAUUAAUGCUGCAGAGAUCGAAAGCCGAGUGCGGGAGCUAAGCAAGCUAGCAGAGACUACGGAUAAAGUCAAGCAGGGCUUCUGGGAAGAAUUUGAGACUUUACAACAGCAAGAAUGUAAACUUCUAUAUAGUCGCAAAGAAGGUCAGAGACAAGAGAACAAGAACAAAAAUAGAUACAAAAACAUUUUACCCUUUGAUCAUACCAGAGUUGUUCUACAUGAUGGUGAUCCAAACGAACCAGUUUCAGACUAUAUCAAUGCUAAUAUUAUUAUGCCUGAAUUUGAAACAAAGUGCAACAACUCAAAGCCAAAAAAAAGCUACAUUGCUACUCAAGGCUGCCUACAGAAUACAGUGAAUGAUUUUUGGAGAAUGGUGUUCCAGGAAAAUUCUCGAGUUAUUGUUAUGACAACAAAAGAAGUUGAAAGAGGAAAGAGUAAAUGUGUCAAGUACUGGCCUGAUGAAUAUUCCCUAAAGGAGUACGGYGUUAUGCGUGUUAGGAAUGUUAAGGAGAGCGCAGCACAUGAUUACACGCUACGAGAACUCAAGCUCUCCAAGGUUGGGCAAGGAAACACAGAGAGAACGGUCUGGCAGUAUCACUUCCGAACCUGGCCUGAUCAUGGAGUGCCAAGUGACCCCGGUGGCGUGCUAGACUUUCUAGAAGAGGUGCAUCACAAGCAGGAGAGCAUUUCUGAUGCAGGGCCAGUUGUGGUCCACUGCAGUGCUGGAAUCGGACGAACCGGGACUUUCAUUGUGAUUGAUAUUCUUAUUGACAUAAUCAGAGAAAAAGGUGUGGACUGUGACAUUGAUGUUCCAAAGACCAUUCAGAUGGUGAGGUCGCAGCGAUCAGGAAUGGUUCAAACAGAAGCACAGUACAGGUUUAUCUACAUGGCAGUGCAGCACUACAUUGAAACGUUACAGCGCAGAAUUGAAGAGGAGCAGAAGAGUAAGAGAAAAGGUCACGAAUACACAAACAUUAAAUAUUCUUUAUCGGACCAGACAAGUGGGGAUCAGAGCCCUCUUCCACCCUGUACCCCGACCCCAACAUGUCCAGAAAUGAGAGAAGAUAGUGCUAGAGUAUAUGAAAAUGUGGGGCUGAUGCAACAGCAGAAAAGUUUCAGAUGAGAAGAUAUCCAGGCGCUUCCAUGAAGAGACGGAAAUGAACAUGGCUUUUUAAAAAGGUCAAGAAAGAGAUGGAAGAAGCUUCAUGUGAAUGGUGAACUUUGAAGGCUUGGUACCUUUUUAUUUAUGGUUUUAUCCUUCAACAGUAGACCCAACGUAAAACCAUCUAAAGAUUGUUUAUAUCCUUUCUCUCCGAUACCUGAUUUACAAUUGCUCAUCUUCCAAAUAAAAGGAAAUCCUGUCUACAACGUAGACAGCGACGCUGUAGAAUCAUUUGGAAUCCAGCAAGCUGUUGGACUGUCAUCCAUCUGUUUUUUAAAUAGUGUUUUUGUUUCACAAUAUGGCUAUUAGUAAUUUCGUACUUGAGCAGUUGUGGGAUUUUGGGGGCUGGGGGUGGGAGAGCAAUGAAAUGGGUAAAUCCGUUACAUUUAUGUAAAAUACUGAUGGGAACAAUACUUGAUUGAAAACAGUGGAUCACCUGUGUGAAUAGAAUCAGCUACAUGGUAAAAUUAGUCCUAAUACAUUUCAAACUGAGUUGCAUAGGGGUGAGCAGUUGCAGAUAUGAAGGUGCUUUUUGUGAUAAGUGAUAAGGGUGUGUGUUUUUUUUUUUAUCACAACUUAGCUGAGUGGUUGGACAGGCUAUUUCUGAGCAACUAUGUGAGGAAGCCUUUACAUCAAACAAAACCUUUUUCAUGUGACCUCUACCCGAAAUAGGAAUUUGCCGUCUCUCUCAAAGGGCACAGUGGCCCAGCAGUCUGUAAGGGCACUGUCUAUGUUAAUUUGUCUGUGUUYAUCUAUUAAGCAAGAGAUUGGACUAGUAGAAUUAAGGUAUUCUAGCAAGCUGUACCAUGACACCUUGACAGAAUAUUAAAAAUGGAGGGAAAUGACCCACUCUGCAGGUUAUUACCUUAAUUUAAGGUAACCCUCUUGGCCCUUCCACAGAGGAGGUGGAAGUUACUGGGGCCUUUGGUUUUUUUAGUAAGGCCCUAUGCUAGCUUAGGGGGCUAAACCAGAGCUUUUUGGGGGAAAGCAGCGUAUUGAAGCUAACGAUGGGCUGAAACCGCAGAGCUGCAAGGGAAGAGCACGGGCAGCAGGGGCCUGUUCUGGCCCGCGUGUCAGGCAGGAGUUUACACCCGCUCUACCUGAAGUGCCUUUCAGAGCCACAUCGAAUUUGCUGUCCCUGGUAGCUGAAGAACCACGUGCAUCUGAAACCACUUCUGCUUGUCAGUGAAGCAGGUUCCCCUUCUAGAGGYGCUGGAAGGGCGGGUUGCUCUUGGGCAGCCGGGUAGCUGGUUUAUUUGCUUUAUUUGCUUUGUCCUGUUGUCUGGACCAGAAGCUUCCCUCGAAGAUAUAACUGCAUGUGUGGAUCCGAGGCAGAAYUGGUCCCUAGGAGUAGGUACCAAUGGUGUCUUACCAAUGUCUUUCCCUUGUUUGGGGGGAAAUUCUGUGAUUUAGGUAGCGUUAAGGAACUAUUGCCAUUUUCAUACAGCGUGUGCAGGUGGUGAGUACUGCAUUAAAUCGCUGUGUGCAGGGGUGCAGGGCCAAUGAAACUGCAUUAUUGGCCUUACUGAAAUUAUGCUAACGCCUGGAAUGUAAUUAAUGCAGCUUUGUGAAAGGUUAAUUGGGAGAUUACAUUACCUUUUCCUGAGAGUGCUUUGCAAAAUCAAAUAUUUGAACACUUUGUUUGAACUGAAUGAAGGUGCUUUUUUGAUGUUAAGCAGAAUUUUUGUUACUUUGCUUUGUGUCCUUUUUGUCUUUCGAGGUUUGGGUUUUUCUUCUCGAAUUCUUGGUUUUUUUUGGAACUGCUGUCACCAGCAUACCAUAAUGAGUUUUAAUGUCAUAGCCUCUAGUCUAACCGUAAAUAUUUGUGCCCUUUCUAGAUCUAAAAUUUCUGUCACCAUGAGAGAAAAAUCUGGCUGUUCGGUAGCGAGAUACCUAUUCUGCAUUGCCACCCUCCCGUCCCGUCCCUAUUUACGGCUUUAUCCUGCUCAAAGGGAUCACUUAAGGGUUGCUAUUGGUACAGAGCCAUUUGACCACAGUCUAAAUAGUUGUUUAAAGCACGGUAGACUUGCACAAACCCUACACUUCAUACGUUACAGCAAGGUGGAAUGCGUGUUCAGUCUGGAACCCAUCUGCACCAACAUGGAAAGUCAGGAAAACAAGAGAAGGAUCCUGAAYGAAUCCGAGCUCCGUUAGUGGGAUAUGUCUUAAGAUUGAUCUGUGCAAGCAGCAGUCAGUUAUAUAGCCAGCAAAAUUGCUUUUCAUGACCUCAUUUGUGGCUGUUUCGAACUUGUCUCCGUAAGAAUUUGUUCUUGGAAGCGGGGAACUCGUGCUCCAGAAUACGGAUUAAUCCUGGGGAGCGCAUGGUGGAAGAAUGGCAAUGGCAAAGGAGGGGAACGAGCUGCAAGGCUGUGAAUAACUAACUCUGAUUCUCUUUACCUGGAGUGUUAGGCCCUGCUGAAAACCAAAGGCAGCUUUGGCGAGGUGAAGUCUGCCAGCCUUUCAUGCAUAGGCGAGAGGGGUAAUUUUUAGAGCUUUUAAAAAUAAUUUUAAACAAUGGUUGGGUUUUAUGACAGGCGAAGCAAGAGAGAUAAAUGCCUUUUGGUUCAGGGGAGAUAAGUGAAUAUGUGGGUUUCGUGUAUUUCUAGUGAGCUUUUAGAGAAUAAAUUGAAGCAUUGAUCUGCAAGCCGUUGCUGGAACAGUGGGAUGGAAAAGGGAUGCAGCUCCCAAGUGCUCUGCUGCAGAAGACUUUAUCAACCACAAGGGAAAUGUUAACACAGCUCCUAAGGCACAAUAAUUUAUGCCAGCAUGAUUUUGCUGCAGACUUGAUUUACUGAAUGUUUUAUAGUGUACACUUUAAUUUCAGCUAACUCGUUGGGACUGAUUGGUUCGCCUAUUAAUCCUGACCAAACUUUACUUUUUCCUCUUAAGGUAUGUGUUGGAAACACAAUUAACGUCAUUAGCUGCAUCCUAGUUAAAACCUCUUUCCUUUUUCAUUGUAGGGAUGGGGAAGGUCAGCUGGUACUAGGAUGUAUUGUCAGUUUUUUUUUUUCACCCAUAACUUCAUUAUUUCAAAUUAAUUUUUAAUUUCUCCCUUUUAAAUAGUGAAACGUAAUUAAUUAUUUCAARCCUGUUUAUUUAUGACAUUAUUGUGAUUUUUUUUUUAUUACAGUACUAAAGACUAAUGAAAAAGGAUCCUCUUAUUAGGUGGAGUAGACCUUGCA